UCCGGUCGGGUAAUUGUACAGAACCGUGAGGGACCAGAUGAGGGCGUUCCACUCGAGGCGAGGGGAUUGGGGAGAUCGUGAGCUCUCCGAUGCCGAGGCGGCAGAUUGCAGGGGGGACAGCGAGACCGAGCGGUGUGCAGCGUGGUGGUUUGAGCAUGGACGUGCCCACCCGGAGUUGCGCACCAUCACCAUCCGUGUCAUGCACUUGUGGACUUCUGCCUCUCCAGCGGAGAGGAACUGGGCGGAGCACGAGCGCGUCAGCACGGCGAGGCGCUGCAAGCUUGGGUUCGCCAAGCUUGCACAGCUGGUUGAGAUUGCCACCAAUCUCAAACUGGCAUCGUGCGCACGGCAGGGUGGUGGCUACGUGUUGCCAUGGGUUAUGGGGAGCGGUCGGGGGGGGACGGCGGCAGAGGAGGAGGAUGAGGAGGGAGAUGUGGAGCCCGAGGUGUGGGGAGCGCGACCUGAUGGCAGUGUUCCUGAGAACGAGAUCCAGCGGCAGAUUGCCGCUUUCCGUGACAGCCGACCGUCCAAAGCUCGUUCGGUUCGGGACGUGUUCGGCAGCAGAGCGACGGAGCUGCGACCGUGGACGGAGGGUGGGGAUGAUGUGGACGCUGCUGCGGCAGACGACGACAUCGACGACGACUGGACUGACGAUGAUGACACGCCGCUGAGUCGCGACCCGACGGCUGAGCGAGUGUACUUCACUUACGGUGGGGUUCGCGACGACACAGAUUCAUUCACAUCAGUUAUCACUGGUGCUGUGUCGUCGACCACGCCGGCGAGUGGCAGCAGCAGAGCCGGCGGUGGUCAUGGAGGACGUUCGCAUGCGGAGAGGGACUUGGAGACAGGAGGGGAGGGGAGCCGUGACGUCGACGACUCGGGUGUCCCUGAGGAGGCGGUUCACGGCGAGUUCGAUUAUGAGGGGCAGGAUGUCGCCGCGGGUGUCCCUGAGGGGCAGGAUGUUGUCAUGGGUGUGUGCGACAGAGGAGAGGGUGGACCCGGUGGAGAUGGGGAUACCGCGGGUGCCGGUGGAGACGAUGGACCGGACGGCGACGAUGACGAUGACCACGGUCCGGAGGACGAUCCAGAUAGGCUCGCCUUGGUGUUGAGGGACCCCACAGUGUCUCCCAUGCGCCCUGACGGCACAACGCACACUUUCUUCGACGCCGACGCUUUGGCGCAUGCGUUGACGAAUGACCCUUUCGCACACAUGGGCUGCAAGAGCGGCAAGCAGCGGGCCCCUGGGAGGGUAUAUUCACCGCCGCCAUUCACAGUGCAGAGCCCUCACUGGUCGGGUUCGUCGCUCAGCGACGUUAGAGGGAGGGAGUCCGGUGCGGGUGAGGUGGGGUCCGGCAGAUGCAGCGACGGCGGCAGAGAUAGUGCAGGAUCGAUGCCUCCACCGCCCGCACGGACUCCGGAGGGCGUUAGAGGGAGGGAGUCCGGUGCGGGUGAGGUGGGGUCCGGCAGACGCAGCGACGGCGGCAGAGAUAGUGCAGGAUCGAUGCCUCCACCGCCCGCACGGACUCCGGAGGGCAGGGUUGCCAUCGGGGACCGGACGGUGGCACCUGGACUUGCGCACAGUGGCGGUUCCCCGCCGCCAGUCCGAGGAGGUGUGGGUGGCGGAGGGUCAGCUGUUCGUCGGGUCGGGGACCGGUUGCGGGCGGAUUACGACGCCGGGAGGGGCGACUUCAUGGGACGUGCGCCUGCUCAAACGCAGGCUGCGGAGGGCGGGUCCGGACGUUCGAGCCUGCAGAUGGCAGGCCGCAUGCUUGGUUUGUCACGAGCGGAGACGAGGAGGACAUUGAUCCUUGAGGCCCCAGGGACAUCCACGGACAGGCUGUGGGGAGAGCAGUUCACAUCGGGCGAGGAGGGGUUGUUGAUGCGUCCCGGGACGGGACGACAGCAUGGCCUCUCAGAGGUUGAGGUUCGACUCGCUGCAGGGGUCGCCGCUGGGCAGGCAGCGUUGGACGCGAUUAAGAGGGAGAGAGAGAGGGGGAUUGCUGCACAGGGAGAGGAGGACGAGGACGCUGACACUAAGUCCGAGCCGAUCGAGACUGCGGCCCGCAGACACAGGGCACAGGUGGCCGCGGCGGCCGCUACAGCACAUGCGACAUACGUCAGUGGGGGAUGGGGCACAGGUGCCGGAGGGAGAGGAGGGCGCCGGGGAGGAUCGCAAGGCCGCGCGCACUUUGGUGGGAGAGGCCACACACGCUCUGGUGGGAGAUGAUGACGUCCGUGGUGUAUUUUUUUUUUUCAUUAGUUUUUUUUUUUUUCCCUUGGUUGUACAGCCUGGACGCUCUGUCGGCAGGGUUGUAGCAUAUUUAUGUUGAUGUUGUUCCAUGGA